AUGGAACCUUCUGAAGGAAAGCUACCUGGUUUGUGUUGCAGAAGAGUGCAUCCUUAUAUGGCAAAGUCACUACAGCAUAAGCAUAUUUUUUUUCAGGUGCAGUGGUAUGGAGGAGAUCUUGCCUGUCGGCUUCUCAUGUUCCUCAAGCUUGUUGCCAUGUACUCAUCUGCCUUUGUGACUGUAGUGAUCUCUGUUGACCGACAAGCUGCCAUUUUGAAUCCAUUGGGUAUUGGGGAGGCAAAAAAGAAAAACAAGAUGAUGCUGUCUAUUGCCUGGACCCUCAGUGUCAUUCUUGCAGUUCCACAGCUCUUUGUGUUCCACACGGUGAGUAGGGCUACCCCAGUCCAGUUUGUGCAGUGUGCCACCUUGGGCAGUUUCCAGGAACACUGGGAAGAGACCCUGUAUAACAUGUUCACAUUCACCUGCCUGUUCCUGCUUCCACUGACUAUUAUGGUGCUUUGCUAUUCCAGAAUAUUGUUUGAGAUUUCAAGAAAAAUGAAGAAGGCAUGUGUUUCAUCCAAGGAAAUCCAGCUGCGACGUUCAAGUAACAACAUCCCAAAAGCACGUUUGAGGACUUUGAAGAUGUCAAUUGUCAUAGUACUGACCUUUGUAAUCUGUUGGACACCAUACUACCUUCUGGGCUUGUGGUACUGGUUUUCCCCAGAAAUGCUGACUCAAGAGCAGGUACCUCCAUCACUGAGUCACAUCCUAUUUCUUUUUGGACUCUUCAAUGCCUGUUUAGACCCCAUCAUCUACGGACUCUUCACAAUUCACUUUCGCAGGGAGAUCCAGCGUGCCUGCCGCUGUACUGGUCUGCACAGGGACUCUGAUGCAGUUUCACUGGGGACAGGCUCCUUCCACUGUUCUAGCUCUGUCAAUACACAUUCCAGUGGCCAUUUGAAAAGAGCUGGCACACUAAGCAGAGAUAGGAGUUCUUCUAGAAAUGAAAAAUACAGUGCUACAUGUAAUCUCUGCAGGGGAAGUGUUACAGAAAGCAUGAUGUAGAACACAUACAGUACAGACCUUACUGAGAAAUGUAAAAACAGAGGAUCAUAAUGACUGAGGCUCAAAUUAGUAAAAUAUUGUCCAAGGAUUGGCUCCUGCAUCGUGGCUCAUACCACUAGAACAACCCUGGUGACCUGUAUUUGGAUUAAGCAAGUUUAUCAAUGAAGACAUGGAUACUACAGCAUAUUCUGAAAUGAGGAUUUAGUUUGUCAAGAUACACGAUAGUUAAUGUGAUGGCUUGAGAUGAUGUGUCGGAGAUUACGGCUCAGGUCAGUGCAGUUGUCACCAAUGGUUUCAAGGCCUCAUUUUCAUUAGGGUCUGUUGCUUUGUAUUACUGUAAAAGUAAGCUAGUAGCUUUUUCUUGUUUUAAAUCCCAUGGAUUUUUAGUUCAUGAAAACCAAUGAAUGUAUUAACAAAUUUAACGUUUAAAAUAUUUUCAUUUUUAUGUAUAAAGUGUUUACUUUUGCCCUCUAAGAAUAUUUGUAGUUGAACAGAUGCCGAAGUAGCACUUGUACAAUGCUGCCAUCUGCUGAUUAUAAUUUAUGUGACAAUAAAUUGAUAGUAAAGGAUGACAGCGUCUUAGCACUAGUACUCAGAAGCACUGAUGUUUUUAGAUUUCCAUACGAAGUUGUAUCCACUUUUAAUUGAGUCCCUUGCACAAAUCCAGUUUCUAUUUUCUGCCAUAACUUUGGGGAUUCUAACAACACACAGUGUGUAAAUUAACACCAGAGAGCUUUGUUAGAGUAAUUAGUGCACUCACACUUGAAAGUGCUUGUUAACAUUUUGCUGUCAUUUCUUUCUAAGAAGAUAUGCAAAUGAUAAACAAUAAACCCAUGAAGGCACAAAUAAAAAGAAACCUGUUGUUCAAGGACAGAAUAUAUUGCUAUUUGCAACCUUGUAUUUUUGUUACACAUUCACUUAUUCGAAAAUGCAGAGAGCUCUAAACAGGGAUGUCACAGAGGCAGAAAAUAAUUCAAGUUUCAGAGAAAGGCAAACACAGUACUAUAGCAGCACUAUAAGCCAUGGGAAUUACAGAAUUACUUGUCAAGAAUACUGCUAAAGCAAGGCUCUUGAUAAACCCCAAAGAAAAUGAUUUACAGUUCCAAAAAUACACACCUGCUGCCACGGAGGCGUUUCUCUACCAGGAUUCAUACGUACUGUUUCAGUCAGUUCCACUAUGUUACAUUUCUGCAAUGUUUCUGGAACUUGAAUUUUUACAAUUUUAAUGCAUUUGAAGUAUUAUCGGGUGUCAUGGUGGUGCAGUGGUUAGUGGCUGCAGUGUCCUUGGA